CUGAGGGCUCGUGCAGGGCUGCGGAUGAGACAGCCUCUGGAAUCAUGGGAUGGUGGAAUGGCGUGAGUCCCAGCUGGACAAACAUUGACCAGUGUAGUUUAGCCGACAUUCCAAGUGGUAUUCAAAAAGCCACCUUCUACCAUCCUAAAAAUGACUCACAGCCAGACGAGGUGGAAUUUUUGGGUGAAAUAUCAGCGGUAAUGACAACAUAUCCCAACAGUAAUCUACUGGACUCCACUCAUGAGCAAGUGUUCCUGUCUGUAAAUUUCCAUGGUUACAUCUGGCCUUUAGAGAUGACCCCUAGCUUGGAAAGUGAACUGACACUCUAUAUAGAAUCACACAAUGCAGAGGCAACUUUGUUACUUAGCAAUGAUAGUUCCAUCCAAAAUGCAGAAAAUGUAAGAAGCCAGAAAUCUUACCCUCAAAUACAAAUACAAGUUACGGCAAGGAAGAACAAAAAGCCAAUAUUUCCUAGUGUGAGCAGGGAUAGCAAAUAUUACUUCCAGCUGGAGUCCAGAAAGUUAUAUCAACCACAGAAGAAUGCCACUGUGGCAGUCAAGUGGAAUGCUGAAACCAGGACAAAAACAGACCAAGCUCUUAGUCAGAUUUCUACAGAGUUCCUAGAAAUGUUUCACAGUGAUGUGUGUAGAAAUUACACCAACUGUCUGUCCUGCAUGACUGAUGCCAGUUGUGGAUGGUGUCCAAACACCGACCAAUGUAUCAGAAAGGGAGACAACUCUUCUUCAGCCUGGUGUGGCCCUGACCAAGACAUGUUACUGAUUACCCAUCCUACUGAGUGCUCUAGAUGUCCUGAUUACGUGGACUGCCUCUCCUGCUCUAAGGAUGCUCUGUGUGAGUGGAAGCGUGUUAAGGAGCAGUGUCAUCGCCGUGGACGAUUUGAAUCAGGCACAGUGACAGAUCCCAGCAAAUGUAGAAUGCCUUGUCAUCAGUAA